AGCAGCUCUGACCUGAGGAGCACUUUGUCUUCAAGACCAAUAUUGUUCAGGACUUUAUCCGACACAAAUGGAUUGGAAGUUUCUUGAAGGUCUUCUCAGUGGAGUGAACAAAUACUCCACUGCGUUCGGACGGAUCUGGCUGUCCGUGGUCUUCGUGUUCCGCGUGCUCGUCUUCGUGGUCGCUGCGGAGAAAGUAUGGAGCGACGACCAGGGACACUUUGACUGCAACACGCGCCAACCGGGAUGCACCAACAUCUGCUACGACUACUACUUCCCCAUCUCUCACAUCCGCCUAUGGGCCCUCCAGCUCAUUUUCGUCACCUGUCCCACGUUCAUGGUUGUUCUCCACGUGGCGUACAGAGAGGAACGGGAACGCAAAUACAAAGCCAAGCACGGCGAGGAAACACGACUUUACGACAACCCUGGGCAGAAGCACGGCGGCCUCUGGUGGACAUACUUGAUGAGUUUGUUCCUGAAGACUGCGUUCGAGGUCACGUUUCUCUACACGCUUCACUACAUCUACGACACGUUCAGACUGCCGCGGAAAGUCCAGUGCGACGUUAGCCCGUGUCCGAACCUGGUGGACUGUUACAUCGCUCGACCGACGGAGAAAACGGUGUUCACGUAUUUCAUGGUGGGGGCGUCGGUGAUGUGUAUUAUUCUAAAUCUGUGUGAGAUUUUCUACCUGAUCGUGGCGCGUGUGGUGAAAAGGAAGCAAAAAGUGACGGUUAACGUGAGAAGAUCUGGGAUUAAGAUUUAA